AUGGCAACUAUAUCAAAAGACAGUCUAGCACAAUUUUGGCUUAAUACAUUUCCAAUAUGUGAUAAUUAUGAAUAUUUAUCAUUUUCGGAUACGACAAUAGCUUCAAAUCUCUUAAAAUUUACAUCCGAAAAAAAUGAAGAAAAGAAAAUCUUUGAGAUUAUUCAUGGAUAUAUUCGAGAAACAAAAACGAAGAAUAUUACUAAGAUAAUAGAAGAUAAGAAAACAUCACCGAAACGACGACGAUCAACAAAAAAUAAUUUAAUAAAUAUUGAUGCUACUCGAUUACGAUUUACUAUUAAUAUUGAAGUUAUAGAAAAUUUAGAUUACGAAGAAGAAAUUACAACUACAAUUGAGACGAAAAUUGAAGAUCGUACAAUAGAAAAUUUGACUUCGCUUCUCAAUGAAACAAAUUCUGAUAUAAUUUCGAAACGUUUUCAAACAUUAAUCUAUUCAUGGUUUAUUGAUGUUUCAUUUAAUAUUUCCAAUGAUUAUUUUUCUAUCUUAGUUGAAUUAAUGAAUAAAUAUUCGGAAGAAUUUCUUCGUCAUUGUUUCGUUCCUUGGAUAAGAAAUAUUUCAACAGAUAAUAUUAAUUUAUUUUAUUCAAAUUUAUUUACACAAUUAACAAAUUUAUCUGAUCGUUGUAAAUUAUGUAGUUAUUUAUGUGAAAAUAGUACAUGUGCAUUUAAUGAUAAUGAAUUAUGUAUAAUAAGUAAAUGGUUUGAUAGUAAAGAGUUUUAUUUUUCCAAUGAUUUAUUAAAUAAUUUACCUGAAAAAGUUGCAACAUCAGCAAAGAUAUAUUCAGAUAAUUUACCAUUUGCUAAAGUUCUUCAUAAAAUUUUAAUAAAAUGUACAGAAAAUAAUGAAAUUAUCAAUACUGAACAACGUUUAAUACUUAAACAAGCUAUUACAAUAAAUACAACUAUACUUAGUGAUAUUCUUAUGGAUUUACUUGAUUGA